AAAAUCUCAGUUUGAAGGUUGAAGUAGCUGCUAGGGUUUCGUAUCGCCGCCGCCUUCAAAAUGAUCUACGACGUCAACUCCCCUCUCUUCCGCUCCUUCCUCAGCCAGAAGGGCGGCGCCUCCGAGAAGAGGAGAAUGGAAGAGCAGAAGCCUAAGGAGCAGAAACCGAAAGCUAAUGAGAACAAGCCUGUUAUGACAGAGUGAAAGGUGCCAUGUUUUGUGUGCUUUAGGAUGUGGAGAGGGUGGUGUCACAUAAUUCUGUUGUAGUUGCUGCUAUAACUUGUUAUGCCCGAUAGGAUUGGUAGUUGUUUCAGAAUGCUGUUAUAACUGUUAUAAUUUCUUUUCUAAAAUGGAAUGAACUUUUGGCUCUUUGCUUGUCAUUGAUCUUUCUAA